AUGCCCGAAGCCGUCGGGACGGACCCGAGUACCUCACGCAAGAUGGCGGAGCUGGAGGAGGUGACUCUGGACGGGAAGCCUCUUCAGGCGCUGCGGGUGACCGACCUGAAGGCCGCACUGGAGCAGCGAGGCCUAGCCAAGAGCGGGCAGAAGAGUGCCCUGGUCAAGCGGCUCAAAGGGGCUCUAAUGCUAGAAAAUUUACAGAAACACUCAACACCCCAUGCUGCAUUUCAGCCAAAUUCCCAGAUUGGUGAGGAAAUGAGCCAGAACAGUUUCAUAAAGCAGUAUCUGGAAAAGCAGCAGGAACUACUUAGGCAGCGUCUGGAACGUGAAGCUCGAGAAGCUGCAGAACUUGAAGAAGCUUCAGCUGAGUCGGAGGACGAGAUGAUCCAUCCUGAGGGAGUGGCUUCCCUGCUGCCUCCUGACUUUCAGAGCAGCCUGGAGAGACCAGAGCUGGAGCUCAGCAGACAUUCGCCCAGAAAAAGCUCCUCCAUUUCUGAAGAGAAAGGUGACUCUGAUGAUGAAAAACCAAGGAAAGGAGAAAGACGAUCAUCCAGGGUCAGACAGGCAAGAGCAGCUAAACUCUCUGAGUGCAGCCAGGCUGCUGAGGAGGAAGAGGAUCAAGAAACACCUUCCAGAAAUCUGAGGGUCAGAGCAGAUCGAAAUUUGAAAACAGAGGAGGAAGAAGAGGAGGAGGAGGAAGAGGAAGAAGAGGAAGAAGAGGAGGAAGAAGACGAUGAGGGACUAAAAUCUAGGGAUGCACCAGUUCUCAAACAGCUUGAGGAAGAAGAGGGGGAAGAGAUGCCCAGAACAAAACCAGAAGAGCUGAUGGACGAGAGAUCCCAAACCAUAAGAUCCCAGGAACAGGAGGGGUUGGAGAGGGGAGGGAGAGUUACAAGGUCCCAGGAAGAGGCUAGUAGAAAAAGUCAUCUGGCCAGACCUCAGCAGGAGAGAGAGAUGAAAACAGCUUCUCCCCUUGAGGAAGAAGGAAGAGAAUUAAAACCUUCAAAAGGCUUGGAGGAAAAAUCAAAGUCCCCUUCCCCUCCUCAAUUGACUGAAGAUCUGGAGAAGGCCCCUCUUAUGCUACAACCAGAGCAAACUGCCAGUGAGGAGGAGACUCCCCCACCUUUACUUACCAAGGAAGCAUCUUCACCACCACCUAAUGCACAACUUCAGAGCGAAGAAGUAGAGCCCAUGGAAGGCCCAGCUCCCCCUGUUCUCAUUCAGUUAUCUCCUCCUAAUACAGAUGCUGAGGCCAGGGAGCUAUUAAUAUCUCAGCAUACUGUCCAGUUGGCGGGAGGCUUGUCUCUCUUGUCAAGCCCUGCAGACACCAAAGCAGAAUCCUCAGCAGAGAAAGUUCCAGAGGAGAGUGUCCUGUCUCUAGUUCAGAAAAGCACACUAGCUGAAUCCUCAACCCAGAAGGGUCCUGAAACUGAGUUAGGCAAAUCUGCUCCACCACUCCCUCUAAAAAUUGAGGAAGUAGCGCCUCCCAAAGGGAUCACUGAGGAAUCUCUGAAACAGCCGUCUUUGGAACAAAAAGAAGGCAGAAGGGUUUCUCAUACCCUUCUCCCAAGCCACAGAUUGAAACGGUUAGCUGACUCGUCCUCUAGCCGGUCCUCCUCAUCUUCAUCUUCCAGUUCUAGAUCAAGAUCUCGGUCUCCUGAUAGUUCAGGCUCUCAGUCUCACUCACCUCCAAGAUCUAAGAAGAGAGAUGCAUCUCAUGCCAACCCUCGUGGUAGUUCCAAGAUGGGCUCCAGAUCAACAUCAGAGUCUAGGUCACGUUCCCGUUCUCGUUCACGUUCAGCAUCAAGCAACAGCAGAAAAUCUCUGAGCCCUGGAGUCUCCAGGGACAGCAGCACCAGCUACACUGAAACCAAAGAUCCCUCUUCUGGUCAGGAGGUUGCAACUCCACCAGUGCCACAACUGCAGGUCCUUGAGCCAAAGGAGAGGACUUCCACCUCAUCCUCUAUUCAAGUGAGGCCUAUGAGCCAACCUGAGCCAGCCGAAAAGCAUGUGACUCAGAGGGUACAGCCUGAGCGGGAGAGCCCAAAGAAGUGUGAAGCUGAAGAGGCAGAGCCACCAGCUGCCACACAGCCCCAAACCUCAGAGACUCCGACCUCUCACCUACCAGAAUCAGAAAGGAUUCAUCCCACUGUAGCCCUCACCUUGGAGCCCUUACUCCAAGAAUUGCCUCCUUGCUUCAGCUACCCAAGGUCCCCUUGCCGUUUAUCCUUUUCUGUCUCCAGUGGGCCCUGGGGCAGGGUGACCUUAUUAAAGACUCUAUGAAACAAAGUUGUCUGUCAUCUCUUCAGAGACUCCUCUUCCACCACGCCACCCACCCCCACACUGGUCAUUCAAAAAGGAACUCUUGUCUGCUUGUUCACUUCCAACAUCCCUGGAGAAAGCACAGGCAGGAGUAGAAACACAUCAAUGCUUGGGAUGAGCAACCAGUUACUGUAGUGAUUGGAUAGUGCUAAUUCUCAUCCCACCUUUACCAGCUGACUGGCUGAUCUGGUUUCAAGGUUUCAUGCCUGGUUUUUUGAAGAGAGGAAGGUGGGCACAUAAAAAAUUGCGUAUGACCCUCCAUUCUGUGUCUUUUUCAACUUUGGCAUUGUUAUCUGCCCUCUUUAAUCGUUUUUCACUCCCUGCUCUGCAGUUUUCCUUGCUUCUGUUCUCUGGAAUCUUCCAGGCAAGCAGCUGUAACUUUGUCCUCUCUACCCAGCCCCCUCCCCGCCCCCUGGGAAGACAGGGAGAGAGCACCCUCUCCCAGCGGGGUUAGGCCUUGGUAGCUGUUGUAACCUGAGAAAAGAAGGAAAAAGGCCAGACCUAUUGAGCCAGCAGUGAGCUCCCUGUGGCCUGCCAGCGGAUAAGAACCUUGCUCACUCAGCGCCCUCCCUCUUUCCUUUCCCCUCCCCUGCUGCAGCAGGGCCCUCCCCCAUCCGCACACACGGGCUGCUGGGUAAGUGGCAAGAUGGCUCCCCUGCAUGUCUCCGGCUGAUCGCCGCUGCUCCGCUAAUACAAUAGAGCCAGCCACUACCAGCAGCCUGGCCCUCUUCCUCCUCCUCCUCCAGAGAGACCAAUCCAGCCGAACUCGGGGUUUGCCGUGAGGACUUAACGCUUAUCUCUUAAAAUCCAGAUCUAUUUUAGCCUCCCCUCACCACCACCACCACCUCCCUUUCCAUUUACCAUUUUUUGGAUCCCCAGUUGCUCCAUCUCGAUUUUCUCGCUCUGGAUCGGGUGGCUGGGGAGGAGGUGGUGGGAUCUUGGGACAAGGAAGGUGUUUUGUUUUUUGUUUUUUUAAUUUUUUAGGAUUUUUUGUUUGGUUUUUGUUAUUUCUUCCAUUCCAGAAAGGGAUAAACAGCACUUCCAGGGGGAGAAAAAAAAAUCAUGUUAUCAGAAAGCAAAGAAGGGUGAGAGCUUCACAUUUCCAUGUAUCCCCCUUUCCCCACCGCUCUAGCCCAGCUCGUCUUCCUUCUCUUCCCCUUGGCUUUCAUUCCCUCUUUCGUUUUGGUUUGUUUUCAAUCAUUCUGUUUUCCCCCUUUGUCCUUCCUGCCUGAUUUCUAAUUGGCCCCACUUGUCCUCUCCCUGUGAGAAAUAGGUAUUUUUUGGAUAAGCUUUUUUUUUUAGAUUUAGAGAGUUGAAUCUUGUGUUUCUGUGGGGGCCUGUUAACUGGGGGCACAGUUCCGAUUUCCCCUCCCCCCAUUCCUGUGCAUCCCUCCCUGCCUGCUCUGGGGAAGCUGUUCUGACCUCUGAGUGUCAGUCAGCCUAUCGGGAAUGCUGAAUUUCCUGGUGGUGGUUAUCAGCCUGGGGAGGUUUGGUUUUCCUUUUGAGACUUAGGCCCCUGAUCAUCUCAUUUUGAUUUUUUUUCAUUUUUUAUUUUUUUACCCCA